UGUGUGUGUGUGUGUGCAACUUAAUCCUAACUCAAUCCAUCUUUCCACAGUCAAUCUCCACCAGCACUUGGCCAGACAUGAGAUAGACUACCUUCAAUUUUCCUUCCGAUGGUUCAACAACUUGCUAAUGAGGGAGAUGCCCCUAGGCUGCACCGUCAGGCUCUGGGACACACUGCACGCUGAACCUGACGGCUUCUCCCACUUCAUGCUCUAUGUGUGUGCUGCGUUCCUCACCUACUUCUCCCAGCACCUCAUGAACCAGAGGGAUUUCCAGGGCUUAAUGCUGCUGCUUCAGAAUCUGCCAACAUCCUCUUGGUCAGACACGGAGAUCAGUCUGCUGGUGGCCGAGGCAUUCAGGUUGAAGUACACAUUUGCUGAUGCGCCAAACCACCUCCAGACACCUCGGAAGUGAUGCCACACCCAGCACAACAGUGGAGCAACACCAGGAAACCAUAGAAACAAACAGAAUCCACCAAAUGUCACCAAAAUAGCCAAAACCUACUGAAAAUUAAUGGGGAACGCAAGGAAAUAUUUAAAACGCAGGAAAUUAAUGGGUUUUACCAGAAAAAUGCCCAGAACGUACCAGAUAUUAGUGAGAAACGAGAGAAUAUAAUUUUAAACAGCAGGUGUUACCAAGAAUAAUACCCAGAAUGCACCAGAAAAUAUAAGCAAAAAAUAGAAACAAGAAAACACCAGAGAAAUUAACAAGAAAAUGUUCAUAAAAAAAAAAUACCUUAGAAAAUUUAAUUAAAAGCA